AGAGGCAAGAUAAUGUUGAGGAUGUUAUAAGGUGCCUUUAAUUUUGAUCAUUUUAUUUUUGAUUAAUCAAAAUCAAAGAUGACUUUGUUUCUCACAUGCUUACGAAAUGAAAAAAUUGUUAUUUCAUAAAAUAAUGUUUACCUCUUUUAACCUUGAAACUAUUUAAGGUAUUUCCCUUUAAGUUAAAUGUUUAAACCAAGUUUUGAUUAAAAUUUGAUUUUGCUGAAUGAGCAACGAUUACAUGUUUAGUCUCGGAGCAAUCAAGAAUAAAAUAACACAUCUUUUGAAAAUUCAAAUUAAACAAGUAAACUGACCAAACCUAAGCCCAUUUAUAAUUUUGUUAUUGUUAAUACAUCUUGAUGUGCUUGUGAACUCAAUUUGAAUCAUCAUGCUACCAAAAUUAGGAUUAAUCUAUCUGAUUAUUGUGCAGUUUUCUUUUGUUUUAACCUGGACAGUUGAUCCAGAUGAAGAUCGAGAUAUAGCCCAGUUGAUUGAAUCGCGAGGAUUUGGUUGUGAACGCCAUUACAUUACAACUGAAGAUGGUUACAUUUUAAGUGUUUUUAGGAUAAUUAAUCCAUUGGUUGAUGUUAAUCUGGUUUCCAAAAAGAGACCAAUUGUUUUACAACACGGUUUAUUGGCCAGUGGAGUUGAUUUCCUCAUCGCAUCCCCUGGUGGGUCAAUUAAAGAAUGGGUUGACCGGGGUUUUAUUGACAAUGAUUUCAACAGCAUUUAUGAUAACUCGAUUGAUGAUACAGUUGCCAACAAUUUGGGUUUUGUUUUAGCAAAUCUUGGUUAUGAUGUUUGGAUAUCUAACACUCGUGGCAAUGUCUAUUCACGAAAUCAUACACAUCUUGAUCCAGAUAAAGAUUCAGAAUUUUGGCAGUUCACUUUCGAUGAGAUGGUCGCUUACGAUUGUCCAGCUGUCAUAAAUCACGUCUUGAAAGAGACUAAACAAGAGACUCUUGGCUGGGUUGGACAUUCCCAAGGAACUCUCAUGAUGUUUGGCUUACUUGCAAGCAAACCUGAAUACUCAAACAUUGUUAAACCUUUCAUUGCCUUAGCUCCAGUUGCUCGAAUUGACCACGUAAAAUCGCCAAUAAGACUUUUAUCUAAGAUCAAGCCUAUUGUAGACUAUUUUAAAAAGCACGCAGAAGAAUUGUUACCAAAUAGUGGGAUGAUAAAGCACCUUGAAAAACAUAUCUGUACUCCGAAAUUUCACUUCAUCUGUACUGACAUUGUAUUUAUGCUUAUGGGAUUUGAUUCGGAGCAACUCAAUAUGACCCGUUUACCGGUCUAUGCUGCCCACUUACCAGCCGGUACAUCGACCUGGAAUAUUGUCCAUUUUUCACAGCUGCUUAAAUCAACCGCUUUAUUAAAAUAUGACUUUGGAGUAAAAGGCAAUUUACGUAAAUAUGGUUCACCUAAUCCUCCAAAGUAUCCCUUGGAAAAGAUUAAUUCAACAAAUAUAGCACUAUUUUACUCAAAAAAUGACCUUUUAGCUGACCCUAAAGAUGUUUCCAUACUAAAGUCGAUUCUUAAAGGUCCAUUAUUGCUUGACUAUCUGGUGCCAUUUAAGAAAUGGAAUCAUAUGGACUUCACAUACGGAAUUCAAUCUGGUUACUACAUAAACAGAAUUGUGAUUGAUGUUCUUCGUCGGUUCGACAAAUGGUGAUAAUCAUGACUAAAGCAAAACUACGCCAUUUCAUAGCUCAACUUUGAACCAUCGUUAUCUCCUCCAUCGGUGCAUUAAUUUUGUACCAAAUCAUUAUUAUUGUAUAAUACAGUUUUUUGUACUCUUUUUAACAAAAUGAUUUUUGAUUGCUAGUCUUGUAAAUUUGCUCAUUAUCAUCCAUUAAUAAACUUGAAUUUACACCCGUCGAAAA